CACCACCCACCAGCACCCGGCCUCUCUCGCCGCCAUGGACCUCGACGGCCUGCCGCCCAUCACGCGCCUCUGGGCCGGCAGCGCCCUCGCCCUCGCCGUCGCCGAGCACGUCGCCCUCGUGUCGCCCUACCAGCUCUUCUUCUCGCCGCGCCUCGUCUUUGCCCGCGCCCAGCUGCACCGCCUCGCCACCUGCUUCCUCUACUUUGGCCCGCUCGGCGUCGACUUUCUCUUCCACCUCUUCUUCUUCCUGCGCUACAGCCGCAUGCUUGAGGAGAGCCACUUUGCCGGGCGCCGCGCCGACUUUGUCUGGCUGCUCCUCGUCGCCAGCGCCGCGCUGCUGGCGCUGGCGCCGCUGGCCACGCUGCCGUUCCUCGGCAGCCCGCUGGCCUUUGUGCUCGUGUACGUGUGGAGCCGCUGGAACCGGCACGUGCGCCUCAGCCUCUUUGGCGUGCUCGUCAUCUCGGCGCCGUACCUGCCGUGGAGCCUCGUGGCGUUCAGCUGGCUCAUCAACGGCAGCCCCAAGGCGGCCGUCGGCGACAUCCUCGGUGUCGCCAUCGGGCAUCUGUACUACUUCCUCGUCGACGUCUGGCCGCGCGAGGUGCGCAGCGGCGGCCGCAACUGGCUGGCCACGCCGACGCUCUUUGCACGCCUCAUCGACGGGCCCCGCCGCGAUGACUAGCGCCCGUCUCCCCGUCACCCGUCUCUGCCGCGCCAUCUGUACUUCUAGCUCAUCACAUGCCAUCCGCACCACAUCUCGCUG